UUAAAUUUGAAAACGAUUUUCAUUUGAACGAGGAAUUGUGGAUAGCAGCACAACAGCACGAAAUUAAACGAAAUUGUUUUAAAUAAAAAAGAUACAAGCAGCAUGAGUCGUGAAAGCGAUGACAAUUUGAGUUCGAUCAAUUCACAAUAUACAGACCUCUAUCAGGAGACAGUUAAGCGUUUUACACGCUCGUCAUUGUCGCCCGAAAUGGAUCGUUUUUCUUCGCCAUCACGCUAUUCUUUUAAGUCAAAUUCUCCAUACGAUUUAUACGUAGAGGCCACAGGCCGUCGACGCAGUUCAGAUCAUGGCGCCAUAUUGACACAUGACACGGAACAGUUCAUCAUCGGACAGAGGGUAUGGGUUGGUGGCAUACGUCCCGGACAAAUAGCCUAUAUUGGUGAAACACAUUUUGCUCCCGGAGACUGGGCUGGCAUUGUUUUAGAUGAACCCAGUGGUAAAAAUGAUGGUUGUGUUGCCGGUAAACGUUACUUCCAGUGUGAACCUAAACGUGGUAUAUUCUCACGUUUAACACGCCUCACAUUGGCUCCAUUGCCUGGAGCUCAAACACCAACAUCGCCACUCUCAAAAAUGUCACCAGAUCGUUCACGUACAGUGUCACCAACAGCCAGUAUACGCAGUUCAUUUUUACGUAGUCCAGGAAAAAAUGGUUUGACUGUUGGCGAUCGCGUAAUAGUAUCUUCCGGUUUUGGCAGUCGUCCUGGUAUUCUACGCUACUUAGGCGAAACACAAUUCGCCUCUGGCAAUUGGUGUGGCAUUGAGCUCGACGAAGCAACUGGCAAAAAUGAUGGUUCCGUUGAUGGUGUCAGAUAUUUCGAAUGUAAACCCAAAUAUGGUGUCUUUGUACCAAUUGCAAAGGUCUCAUUGUCACCAUCAUCGAAAAAGUCUCGUCUCUCCCGUACCGGAUCCCGUGAAUCUCUCACAUCGAUUGGCACAAUGAACAGCAUUGCCACGACGAAUACAUCGCGUUUGCGCUUGAAUGCUCAGCGCAAAUCGUCGUCAGCUAAACCUGUUGCUGUAACAACGCCAAAAACACAAUUUUCGAUGCAGGACAUUUUGCGUGAGAAACAACAACACAUUGAGCAAUUGAUGAUCGAGCGUGAUCUGGAUCGUGAGGAUUCACAGAAUCAAGCCUUGCAGUACCAGAAGAAUAUCAAUGAGGUAAAUAUAUUCAGUGAUAUAACAUAUCCACCACCAACAGCAUCGACUCUGAUGGCAAUACGGCGUCCGUUCGGUGUGCUCUCAUCGAAACAACCGCUGGCACCGAUUUCAAAGCGGACAACGUUGGUCGAACGUUCGCCGUCACGUUCCCUGACCUCAUCGCCGGUGGCAACGAAAAAGAAAGUUUGGUUUUGCGACAAAGAGAGACUCUAUUUUCCACGUGGCUUCUCAACGAAAACUUUAAUUUAAUU